AUGGCAGAAGUUGGGAAUGACUGCUAUUUCUUUUUUAAUUCCACAUGCAUAAAGGGUUCCCAGUGCCGAUUCCGACACUGUGAGGAGGCCCUCGGUAGUGACACUGUGUGCUCAUUAUGGAGAGAGAAAAAGUGCUUAGAUCCUCUUUGCAGAUUUAGACACAUGGAAAUGCAGCAAAACUGUAGCAUUUCCUGCUUCUGGGAAACUCAGCCUCUUGGUUGUGUGAAGAUCAGUUGUAUCUUUUACCACAGCAAACCUCGAAAUAUCAAUGGAUUAUUUUUGCCACCAAGUAGUAAUGUCACACUACAGAAAGAAAGUCAGGAAGGAAAUCCAUCUCCAACCCAUAGUCAGGAACCUCUGAAACCUCAGGAGAAUAUAUCACGUCCCAUUCACCAUCCUUUAGUUUUAAAAACUAACUUUGAAGAAGAGGAGGAAGAAGAUGAACAGAAUGAUGCUUCUAGUUUAUGGACAAAGACUCCUGAAGAAAUUGAAGAAAAAAGAGCAAUAAAGGAGAUGUGUUAUAAAUCUGGUGAAUACUAUAGAUUUCAUACUCCUCCAGAUAUUUCAUCGUCCAAAAGCAUAGCUCCCACAACGGAGAAAGAUUUAGAAAAGCCUUUGGAAAGUGGCAGUGAAUUGCAAGAAGGGGAUGGUCUUACAGUGCCAACAAAAUUUAGCCUAUUUGAAAGGCAUGGUGAGAUGAAAACAUCACUGGAUAGGAAACCAAGGACUGACAUUUCUGCUUUUGAGAAUGGAGGAGGUGACUGCUAUGUUCCACAGAGGAUCAUAUUUCUUGGAGUAGAUGAAAGUGAAGCUUUAACUGAAGAGAAAGACAUCACCGUGUCAAAAUGUCCAAAUACUAAAGUGAAUGAUGUCCAGCCAGUGAGAAAGCCUCAUUUUAAAGGUGUGAAGAAAAGAAAAUGGAUUUAUGAUGAACCCAGGAACUUUCCUAACUCAGGAGUGAGGAGAGCAGGGCAGGCCACACAUUCCAAGCAUAAAAUGAGUUACCAUCAUCACAACAAAAACCGAAAUGCUGAGAAUGCACCCUAUAUCCAUGUUCAAAGACAUGCGGUCAGGCCUGUGCAGCUAAAUGCUCCUCCCCGCAGCAGACCCACCAAUGGGUCCUACAAUAAAGUUAAUGUUAACAAGGAACCCAAACUCAACCUCUGUCCAGAUAAACAUGCACCAGCAUCAUAUAAUGGGUCAACCUGGCAAAAAAGAAUUCCUUUUUCCAAAAUGUAUUCAAAAAAUGAAAAGAUAUAUCCAGAGCCAAGAAGAAAUGGGAGCAAGUAA